GCGGAGCAGCUGGCUGGCGUGACCCGAUCCCCGCUCGCGGCCAAUCAGGCGGGCGUGGAGGCGGGCGGCGAAAGUUGCCCGCUGGAGGCUGGCAGCGGCCGGAGCAUCUGGGAGCGCCAGGGACUUGCUGAGCCCCAGCCCCAGCCCCAGCGCAGCAGCCCCGGGGCCGGCCGCCGGAGACUCCCGCCGAAGGCGCCGUCGCAGGCUCCAGCCCUCGCUGGACCGGCCGGGGGCGAUGCUGGCCUGCGCCGAGAUGCUGACAAUGUGCCGGCUGUCUGCCGAGCCCACCCCCGGCGCCGGGCGGCCCCCGCAGCCCCGCGGCCAGGGGCUCUCCCUCCUCCUCGAUGUUUUUCGACGAGCCGACAAGAACGAUGAUGGCAAGCUGUCAUUUGAAGAGUUUAAGAACUAUUUUGCGGAUGGGAUUUUAAGCUCAGAGGAGCUGUGGGAGCUAUUCAGUGGAAUUGACAGGCAUCAUUCAGACAACUUAGAGACAGAGAAGUUGUGUGAUUAUUUCUCGGAACACCUGGGAGAAUACAGACAUGUGCUUUCUGCUCUGGAAGCCCUGAACACUGCUGUCCUAGCUGCCAUGGACAAAACCAAACUGGAGUACGAGCGUUCCUCCAAGAUGGAGCAGUUUGUGACCCGCUUCCUGCUGCGGGAGACCAGGACCCAGCUGCAGACCCUGCAGGCCUCGCUGGAGUGCGCCUCGGACACAAUCGAAGAGCAGGCCGGCUGGGAGAGGAAAGACUUGAAGAAAUCUGAAGUCUUCAUUGGCCUGAGAUCUGGCAGGAGAUGUGGGCGCAGAGCUCAGAAGACCGUCUGCUUGUCUCCAACGGAUCCCUAUUCCGGGAUGCUUACUACAGGGGUUUGUGUCGAAGCUGACAGCCAGUGGGCAGCUCAGAUUAACAGGCUACAGCAGCUCAUUGACAAACUGGAAUGCAAGAGCCCAAGGCUGGAGCCUCUAAAAGAAGAAGUUGCUUGCAAAGGGAGAAAUGCUCACAUCCUGGUGGCUCAGAGGCAGCUGUCGGUGACAGAGAGCGGCUUAGAGGGAUUCCACCAGGCACUCCAAUCCUACACAGAGCUCACAGCCGGACAGAGCCGCUGCUUACACGUGUCUUCCCGCAAGCUGACGAGCGAGGCCUGCUUCAUUCUCUAUGAGUUCUGGCAGGACGUGACUUCAUGGAGAAGUCACUUGCAGUCCAGCUACAGCAAGACGUUCCAGUGGGCCAUCAUUGACGUGCUGAAGUCUCCAGAGCUUGUGACCACCAUGCUCUUCCCAGGCAUUUCCCGGCUGCACCAGGCUGUCCUUCCUGGGAGUCGUUUAUCCCUCUCCCCGCGCAGUGUGACGUUCCACAAUGAUGUCACAUUGCUGCCAGCCAAUCAGCCUUUCCAGCUAUGACGCUCCGCCCCUGAAUGUACCAUCUUCGAAGAAUGAUGGGGAGGGGAGCACACCCGUGCCCACGCCCGCGGAUAAAGAAGUGGCUACCAAGAUACUUGAUGUCGGGCUGGCCUGAAGUCCAGUGUCGUGUGAUGACGUGCGGGGGGCAGAACUCACCUUGGCCUGGCCCGGGGGGCUGGGAGCGCUGCAGAGACGGCAGUGCUGAGCCUGAUCCGGACUGGGGGGAACAGGGAAUGGAGGACAAGGGACGUUUAUUGUUCUCUGGCACUCACCUGGUGUUGAAUUCAUGGCAAGGCACUGAGGGACUCUGUGUCCAGCCACUGCACUACGGGCCCUUUGGGGGAUGGCAGUGUGGGGAAAUGGGGGGAUCUUCUGUGCUCUGAGCGGGAUCAGUGGAGCCAGGCCAUCCACAGGUCCUCUGGGGAUCAGUGCGGGAUGGCUGGAUCCAAAUCUCUGCCAAGGUCCCACAACACCUCUAGACAAGCCGUGUGCUCCACUCUCCCUGCCUAGGCACAGCAAUACAGUAGUCAGGGAGAGCAGAGGGCGGGCAGAGUGUGCACCCAUGCCUGCCAGCCACACCCAGGAGCUCUAAUUUCAGCCCUCCCGGCCCCAGCCGGGCCUCUUUAAGGCUGUGGUUGGUGGUGGACUCACCUUAGUCUUAGAGCUGUUGCACUAACCGGCGGCACUGGCCUAAUUCUGUCGCGUGGAGUUGGAUGGCCUCACUGCAGUUAUAACUACACAUGGGGCUGGGUGGAGGAUGUCAGCCUCCCAGGCUGGCAAUCUAUCUCUUAUCACCACUGCUAGCUAGGAAAUAUUUUCGUGCACGUCCAAUCUCAUGGUCCUUUAAACGUCUGAAGAUGAAACCCAGACACCUACGCUCACUCCACUCUGUGAUGUCAGGUCAGAGCGAUUUAAAUAGACAUUACCAUGGCGAGAAGCCUACCAGCAGUAGAGUUAUUUGAUUAAUCUUCUGGCAGGUCGUGUGGUGUGAAUGGGAAAUCUCCCUAGGUGCCAGCUCAGAACACUCUGCUCCCAGGAGGUAGAGGCAUUUCACACCUCAGUGCAGUCAUCCACAUGUGCUGAACGUGGGUGCCAAAUGCUACCAACCCAGCAGUCUCCUCUCACACCCACCAGAGGUGGCAUUCUAGGCCCAUAGUGCACAGGUGCACGUGACAGCACAAAGAGAAUACGUAGCCCACAGGUGAGUGUGGGUUCCAGGUUCCUCCCCAGUCAUAGAGUUUAAGGCCAGAAGGGGUCCCCAAGUCAUCUAGUCUGCCUGCCUGUAUACCACAGGCCAGCAACACUCUAUGAAUUGUUUCAGAGUGGUAGCCAUGUUAAUUGUGAAUUGUGACAGCCUCCAAUUACAGAGACUUGGCUUUAAGCUUCAGCUCCUGCAGGUCCGUGGUUCAGAUUCUCAGCUGGUGGCCAUCACACAAAGCAGUGGGGACUCCAGCCCUAGGUGUGGCAUGUCCAGCUGGUCAUACGCUUCAUAGGCGGGAGGCCCGACUGUAAGAAUAGCCCCAGCCUGGUGUUUCUGAUUUAGUACAACCAAAAGAACAGCUGCUGUUGGGAGAAAGAAAAAUGCCUGGUGUAUCUAACCUGCCAGGGCCACUUCGCCUGCUGUCAGCGUGUGAGUGACCCAGCCUUUAGCAAAGCACUCACGACCCUGGGCAGGUGUGAACAGAAGGUCAGCUGCUAUUCCAGUCAGGGCCGGCUCUAGGAUUUUUGCCUCCCUAAGCAAAAAAAUUUUUGGCCUCCCCCGCUUUUUUUUGUGCCCCCCCCACCCCCGGCUCCGCCCCAACGCCGCCUCUUCCCCAAAUCCCCAGCCCUGCCUCCUCCCCUGGGUGUACCGCAUUCCCCCACCCAUUGCUUCCUGCAGCUCCCCACCCACAACCCGCACCCUAGCUCACCUCCGCUCCGCCUGCUCCCCUGAACACGCCACUGCUCUGCUUCUCCCCCCUCCCUCUCAGGCGAGGGAGAGGCAGUGCGUUCAGGGGAGCAGGCAGAGCGGAGGUGAGUGAGGGUGGGGAGGGGAGCGCAGGAAAUAACGGGUGGGGGGGUAGAGGAACCGCUCCCCACCCCAGCUCGCCUCCACUCCACCAACGCCGCCUCCCCCCAAACACGCCACCGCUCCGCUUCUCCUCCCUCCCUCCUAGGCUUGCAGCGCCAAACAGCUGUUUGGCGCGCGGCAAGCCUGGGAGGGAGGGGGGAGAAGCCGAGCGGCGGCACACUCAGGGGAGCAGGUGGAGGCGGAGCGGGGGCAGCGGGGGCCACGUUUCUAGGGGCGGCAUGGCCGGCGCCGGAAUGCCGCCCCUAGAAAUGUGCCGCCCCAAGCACCUGCUUGUUUUGCUGGUGCCUAGAGCCGGCCCUGAUUCCAAUGCAGCAUUAAUUCCCUCUUGCAGCCCAUGCAGACACCCCUGGGAGGGGGGUGCAUAAUAUCCUAUCAGGCUUGAGUCUGGCAGCCCUCUAGUGUUUUCACUGGGAGUUCUGCCUUGUUCUCAUAAGGCCCAAUCCAGCUCCCAUUGCAUUCAAUGGCAAAACUAUUCCUAUGAAGGAUGCAGGAUCAGUCCCUUUGUUUCUUUCAGAAAGCACAUGGCACAGGUGGCAUUGGGUCAUCUCCCCUAUUUGUUGCUUUAAUCAUCUUAGCAAUCUACCAGCAAAAGGUAAGACACUCCAGAUCUGAGGUACAUGACCAGCUUGUGGUUACAAUUGCAUUUGUUGUAUCUGUAUCAUGGAGCUGUGCCAGCCACUCUUGCACCUCCCAGUCAGCAGCAAACACCCUCUGGGCAACAGUCCUACAAGUGACUCAGGGUAAGACCUAAACCAGCGGCCUUGUGGCCUGGCACUGCUGAGUCCCUCCAUCUCGCUGGGCUAACAGGAGCCAUCUGGUCACAGAUAGAAUUUCCUCAUUCCCUAUUUUAUAGCAAGUGCCCCAUAAAAUACUCUGUUCUAGCCCAGAAGAAGCAGAGCACAGAAAGUCUGCUCCCUUUCUGAACAAUGGAAGUUCCUGGGGUAAAAUCCCAGUGAUCCACGUCAGGCUGGAAUUCUGCGUGAUGCGAACAGCCAUUCUCCCCUUGCUCUCAAUACAUGUUUAAAUUUUGUGUCCAUUUCAAAGGGUCAACUUCUGCACCGAACGAAGGAAUCCAACCUGGGGCAGCUUAAUGGAAUAGGAGGGUUCCAGGUUGAGUUUACAUCCUGGUGUUUUUGGGACACUGGCUGAGCAUCAAAAUGUAGAGUCUGCCAGAAACAGAAAGAAUCUAAUGCUAAUAAAAUGAUAAUAUCCACAGUAUGUCAUCAAAGAGUCCAAUGCAAAUGAUCCUAGGUUCAGGUUUAAAAGGGCCCCAGCAGUGCUGGCAGCCCAGGGGUCCCGCAAUGUGCUCAUGCAUCAUGAGAACUAAUAACAAACUGAUUAGAGAAACAAACGCCAUUGGUGAGUGUCAACUCACUGAGAAAAGCAGGGAAUAAAGAUCCCAAAGGCAUUGCCACAGAGACAGGCACUGUGCAGAAGUGUGAACUACCUGGGGUGGUGUUAUAAACGGGGGCAGGACAGUCUUCGUGGGGUUGUGCCAUGCAGAGCCCAGUUCUUAGUUCAUAUAAUGUCACUGUCGCCAGAGGGGCCUGCUUGCAGGGAGUGUCGGCCCCAGAGAAUCUGGCCCGUGAGGUUUAGCCUGGUAGCAUCCAGAGGCUGUUUGUACCCGUGGGGCCCUGGGAGUGUUACCCAGGGUUUUGCUGAACCCAAAGCUCUUGGUAACGUUACUUCCUGUAAGGGGGUGGCAGGAAAUAAAUGGAGACACGGCCAACUGGCUGAUAGAGAGUUGAUGCAAGCAGGCAAACAAAAAUGCUUUCACUCAAAGCUUCUACUUUAUUUCAUCUCCAGCACUUCCACAUGCCUGCAACAGGUUAGCAGAGCACCCCAAAUUACCCCCAGAUUCAUAUUUACCCAGGGUCUUGAGGAGGUCUCGCGUGGAUUAGUCAGCCAGUGAUCAGCCUUCCGUCUGCAGGGGAAACUCGAGAGGUGGUUCAAGUGUCCACCGAGCCCAGAUUUCUUCCUCUUUUUAUACCCAAAUUGUUAGUAUGAAACAGCCCAUUCACCAAAACCUGCUCAGCAGACGCUAAGUGUGGCGUUUUCCUGCCUUGCUUGCCCAUCAGUUAACUGGCUGCAUUUCACAGCGCAAAAGUUAACUAUCCCCAGACUUUCCAUCUUGCAAACCACAUGCUUUGGCAAAAAGCUCAGGUCAGGAGGGCACAGGGUCACGUUUACUCCUCAUGGUCACUCCCUUCCCCCUCCCCUCCUGGUUCGUUAGCACUAAGGCUGCUACAAAGGCCUUACGGCUGUUUCCAGGUGUAAGCAUAACAAUUUGGAUUCCAGCCGUGGGCAGUGGUUCAGGCAUGUUACUGGCUUAACAAAGUUUCCUCCAUACAGGAAGAAACGCUCCCCCACUGCAGCGAUCCUGCCACCCUCCCUGCUCUUUCCCACCCCCUCUUGCAUGUCUCCCUCCUCCCAAAGUGGGUACAGAGAUGCCUGCUGGCUGGUUCAGCACUGAGUUUCACACCCCUUCUGUCCUGCCCAGGCUCCUGCAGCCUUAGCAUGGCCUGUUCCCAGCCCGCAGCCAGGGGAGGCCAGGCCAGGCUCCCAGGUGGGCUGAGAACAGAGGAACUCCCAGCUGUAGGUAGACCUGACACGGCAGGACUGGCUUUGGCCAGUAGUCCUGAGCUCUGCACAAACCGUCCCUUGUCUCUGCCACAGCAUUCCUUAACGCCGUAAGCAAAUCCUGAGCAGCUCAGGGCAGGCCCGUGGCCUAAGGUGUCACUUAGGUGAGGUUCCUUGCAAAGCAAAUCCAGCUGUCCUGCAGCAGCCUCCUGUAAACCGGAUGGGUGUGAACAAUAGCCCCGAGUGUAUGUCAUGACAGCAGGAGCACGUCUCAUUCCCUUGCACUCGUUCCCUUGCAUUAAGACUGAAUCUGACCUGCAUGACCCCGCUAGCCCCCAGGGCUGCAGAGCCAGCUUGGCCUUUGCUCAUUGAGUUUGGCAAACUCCAAGUGGCAAACUCCUUGGCGCGACAGCUCCCUAAGCACCAUUGUAAGUGCUGUUAUUUCUACACCUGCCCUCUGCUUAGCUACCAGCCCUAAUCGUUCCAGAUGGAGUGGGCGUGGGAAAGCUAGAGUAGCCCUGGGAAGCAUGAAUGAGGGGCAAAUGAGUAACACACAUCAGCUCCCAUAUUAUUAAACAUGGCAGAGGGGUACUAGGGCUGUUGGCAGGAUUUUUGUGUCUGGCUAGUACCCGGUCCAGCCAAAGUCCCAGGUUGUUAGCAUAGUCCUCCACCAACUGGAGCAGUUCUGAGCUAAAUGCUGCCGGAGUCUCUUCCUCUCUUCAGGUUCUGCUUGUACUGAUCCUGUGACCUCCUGAGCAUGCUUGGUUCUCUGGGAUGUCAAGGGGACCUGAGGGAGUGCAGCACAAGCAGGAUUGAGUCCGAAAGGCAAAAUUCUGCUCUCGGCUCCACAAGGCAGAUCUUGGUUCUCAUCCUCUGCCCUCUGGCUAGGCUUGGAGUUUGGAGCCUGUAAGGGAAGCAGAAUAGCAGCUAGUCCUGGGGGAGCCAAGCCGACUAUCAGAAUGGAGUUUCUGGGAGAUCAGUUUCUCAAGGGUAGGCAAACGAUCAGAGCCGAGAGGCAUGGGCCCCUCUGGGGAGCUGAGAGGACACGAGGCCCCCUGUGGCAUGCCCCCAUCAAAUGAUCCUGCCCUGAGUCUGCCAGCAGACUGGUGAGGGUACAACUCAACAGCAUGUAAAAUGUGAACCCCCAUGCACAUCCAGCACCUUCCACUGCAUAUGAAAGCACUGCAGCCCCCAGAUGCCACCGGUGCCGCCCCCCCUCCUCCCAACUGACUGAAAUGGGGUGAUUCCCAGCUUACGCUUUGAACUAAAUUGUAUCAUUGCUUUCAGGGGUGGUUUUUGGCCUUCAAAAUUCCUUGCACUCUAAAAUGAAAAUGAAAUGUCCUCCCAGGGACCUGCAUGGCGUCUCUGAGCUAGGAGGUGGUGUCCGUGUCUUUGCUAUGCUACAGUGUGAAUCUGGGGCUUUAAAACAUUAAAGCAAAAAGGAAGAGCAUAGUUAGAAAAAGAUAAGCAAAAGUCACCUGAGCCAGAAAAACAGCCGUAUCAAUUAUUACACAGGGCUGCUUAGUUAAUUACAAUUCUCUUUCUGUAUAUACAAGAUUAUAACUGUAUUAAAUAUUCAGACUUGCACUGUAGCUGUGUAUGCCAAGUCUCUUGUCUGUGAAUAAACAGUUCCACGCUGC